GCCAGAAGCAUGCACCCUGGGAAGACCGGGAUUUCGGCAGCAGCGGGAGCAGCGGGCAAAAAGAGCGAUCAUUUAAAAAAAUAAUAAAACUAUUUGGGAGAUUGGGGAAGGGGGAAAAAAGGGGGUGGCGGUGCUGGGUUCGUAUCUGUGAUGAGAGCUGCUGCGACUGGAAAUAUUAUUAUGCGAGUCCUGCCCACGGACUCAACUAGGAUGAGGGUUCAAAAAAAAAAAAGGGGGGGGGGAAGAAAAGAAAAUCCACCUUUACCCGCGGGUGGAAAAACCAGGAGGGGGCUGCGCGAAAGGGAGGGGGGGGAAAGGAGGAGGAGGCAGAGCGAAAAACCGAAAACCCAGCGAGCGGGGGCUGGCGGCCGGCCAGAUAAAACACGAGCAGCACGGCAGCCGGGCAGCGCCGCCGCGGCCGCCUCACGUGUCCCGCACCGGCACGGCCCCGCCGCCGCGGCAGGUUUAAAGGGCCAGGCCGGGGUCUCGGCGCCCCGCGCACCACCGCGCAGCGCUCGGCGGAGGAGAGCGCGGGCUCGGCGCUCUAGCCCCGCACACAUCCCAUUCCAUCCCCGCCCCGCCGCCGCUGCACGUGGGCGCCCCGCCGCCGAGCGGAACAAAGGCGGCCGCGCCGGGGCCGCCCUUGUGCCGCGGCCGCGUCGGCGCCGCCGAGCGCCAUUCGCGCUCCGGCCCGCGGGCACCCGACGGGAGCGCGGCCCCUUCCUUCGCCGCCGGUGCGGCCGCCGGGGAGGCGCUGCCGGUGCGGUGGCCGCGGGGCCGCGCUGCCGGCGGCACACGGUGCGGCGGGUUCGGCGCCUCCAGGGACGGCGGCCGCCUGGGUCUGCAAUGCAGUCUGUGUGAUAGGAAGUGUGUCACCGACUUUACAGUGCCUGCUCACCAGGUUUUCUCCACCCCAGUUCUCAUGAAGUGCAAACUACUCAAAAGGGAUAAUAAGGUGAGUUCAAGGCACUGGCUCAGGGGGAGCAGUAGUGGUUUGAUUUUGAAAGAUGUCUAAGGCCAGGGAUGGGAGAGCA